AUGAACAAAUUGCAAGUUCUUUUCAUUGCAGCUAUAGUUUGCACAAUUGGAUCCACUGUUUAUUUACUCAAUAAGAGCUCUUCAGAUGUCCAAGAGUCUUAACUGACUUUCCCCUAUGAUGAAAAUUUAGCUGAAAAUUUAGCUGGAUUUUCUAUGGCUUCUUAUUGUAAAGCUUCUAAAAUUGAAAACUGGAAUUGCGGUGCUUCUUGCAAAAAAAAUCCCGAAGGACUUUAAGAUGUCUACAUUAUGAAAAAUAAAACUAUGAACGCUGCUGGUUUCUUAGCAUAUUCUCCUGCUCAUGAUGCUAUAGUAGUUGUAUUUAGAGGAACUGUCCCCUGGUUGAUCAAGAAUUGGAUUAGUGACAUUAACACUGUCAAAACAAAAUACUCUAGAUGCGAAAAAUGCUAUGUUCAUUUGGGCUUCUUCAAUGCCUUCAAGGAAUUGUAAGAUUAAAUUCUUACUGAGUUCCCUAAACUUAAGGCCAAAUAUCCUUAUUCAAAGGUUUUUGUUACAGGUCAUUCCCUUGGUGCUGCAAUGAGUACUCACGCUGUUCCUGUCAUUUAUGAACUCAAUGGAAAUAAGCCUAUCGAUGCAUUCUAUAAUUUUGGUUCCCCUAGGGUUGGUGAUGAAAAUUACCACUAAUGGUUCGAUAGCUAAAAUUUUACUCUUUAAUAUGGUAGAAUUAACCACAGAGCUGAUCCAGUUCCUCAUUUACCCCCUAAUUACUCUCCUUUCACUUUUACUCAUAUUGAUCAUGAAGUUUUCUAUUAAACAUUUAAGAAACCUUAUACAUAAUGUAUUGAAACUGAAAGUCUUGAAUGUGCUGAUGGUAUAAAAAUUCCCUUAGAUAUUCCUGACCAUCUUUCUUACUUUGGUUGGGAUUGGGCCACUGACAUCUUAGCUUGCUAAUGA